GAGACUAGUCGGAUUUGUGCCCGCUGCCCCGCAAGGGGAACUCCCUCUCCAGAGAUCUGACCCUCAUUUCUCCAGACCCCGGAUUCCCAGACCCCAGACCCCGGACCCCAGCCCCCUCCUCAGCACCCUGAGCAGCCCAGGCCUCCCACCGCCCCCUCAUUCAGAUCUGAUGCCCAGUCUCUUGCACCCUGGGGUUCCAGGAAAUUGCCCUCCUCUUCACUCUCUUUGGGAUCGUGGGUCUAACUUCUGCCUCUGAAGCCCAGGGUCCGUUGCCAACUCUGAGUCAAAGACUCUCACCCCCACACCCCCUCCCUAGGCUAUUUUAAGGGCACCUGUCUGAUCCUGGGUAGCUUCUCUGGUGAAAGAAACACAGGGAUUGCAUCAGGAUCCAGGCAGAGGAGGCUGGAUGUUUGGCCUCUGCGUGCCUGGGUUCCGGCUGGUGUGGAGGUUGGCUUGAAGCUUCCAGACCAGGAACACCUGGGUCCUUGAGGAGCAGACGCUUUGGUCAUGUGGCCUCUGCUCCUUCCCCGAAGAUCAAGGAACCUCAGUGUCCCACCCCAGAGACGCAGAAAUUCAGGUGGGGUGCAGAAAUUCCAGCAGCUGUGCGUAGUUGCAAUCAGUCAGCCAGAGAGGUGGGUUUACCGGGCUCCUAGCCCUCUUCUUGCUCCGAUUCAGAAGUCCGGGCCUGGCCCCCUCCUCCCUCAGACCAGAGUCUGGGCUCCCGGCCCCCUUUCACCCAGGUCCCAGUUCAUCAGCCCCCUGAGCCCUGAUCCUCAGACCCCAGAGUCCAGGCCCCCAGCUCAGAGGACCCCCCCAUUGCAUCAUCCGUUCAGGCUGACCUGGCCACCGUGGAAUCCCAGCUUCUGCCAAGUGGGUCAAAUAUCAUGGGUCAGGCAUCUGGAAGGUGAUUGGGCGGGUCUGUCUGGAUAUAAAUUCUGGAGCUUCUGUAUCCAUCCCAAGAGAUUUGGGUGUUCCUGUCAGCUGUGAAUUCAAGCCCAAGAGGACCUGGGCAUUUGGACAACUCAAGUAGCGUGAAUCUGCUCUUCCAGACCAGCAGCAUCUGCAGCAGCAGAAUCUAGAGCAUUCAGCUGUUCAAACUCCCAGACCCCAGACCUCACCUGAGGACGUGAGCCAUUGAUGGGCUGGGCCGAGGCCAAGUUCGAGCGCCUGGGACUGUGGGUCCCUGUGCUGGCUGUCCUUCUGCUGGGAGCCUGCCAGGCACGUCCCAUUCCUGACUCCAGCCCCCUCCUCCAAUUUGGGGGCCAAGUGCGCCAACGAUACCUCUACACGGAUGAUGCCCAGGAAACUGAAGCUCACCUGGAGAUCAGAGCUGAUGGCACCGUGGCAGGGGUGGCCCGCCAGAGCCCCGAAAGUCUCUUGGAGCUGAAAGCCCUGAAGCCAGGGGUCAUUCAAAUUUUGGGAGUCCAGACAUCCCGGUUCCUGUGCCAAGGGCCAGACGGGAGACUGUACGGAUCGCUCCACUUUGACCCUGAGGCCUGCAGCUUCCGGGAGCUGCUUCUUGAGGAUGGCUACAACAUUUACCAGUCUGAGGCCCUUGGCCUCCCACUCCGGCUGCCUCCGCACCGCUCCUCCAACCGGGACCUGGCCCCCCGGGGACCUGCUCGCUUCCUGCCACUGCCAGGUCUGCCCCCAGCGCCCCCGGAGCCGCCAGGGAUCUUGGCCCCCGAACCUCCCGACGUGGGCUCCGCGGACCCCCUGAGCAUGGUGGGGCCUUCACACGGCCGGAGCCCCAGCUACACUUCCUGAAGCCACAGGCUGUGUAUGAUUGGGUCUCCUCUUUAUUUAUUGUAUUAUUUAUCUUAUUUAUUUUUUAAUUUUUCUUACUUGGGAUAAUAAAGCAUCUGAGAGGAG